CUCGCCGGCCUUGUAUGCUUAUCUACCAUGAAAAGUGAAAACUCAUUCUUGGUCCUUGGAAGAUUAAGUAACAAUUAGCUAGCAAGGAACAAGACAUAUUUUGAAAGAAUAAAAUUAAAGGAAGAUUUUCCUUGUCACAACCUCCAUGUAUAACCAUCUCUUCAAACAUAUUAUUCAUUAUUUCAUCCCGUCUCUGUUGGCCAUACAUGUCAAAACUUUUGUUUUCUUCUUUUUGAUUUUUCUCUGAUCUACAUACGUUUAUCAACCUCCUCUUUAUUAUUGUGUUGCUCCUUUCUUUCACUUCAAGAAUUGGAUUUCUUCCUCCGAUCCAAUCCAACAACGGGUUGAUGAGCUACUUGUCUUUAGAGAUCUAAACAAUUUUGCUCAUUUCUUACCCACCCCCACCUUUUUUUUCCUUCUUAUGAAACUAUAUCUCUAAGACAUGAAAAUGCAAAAAACCGAAGACCACAAUUCUGACAGGGAUAUUAUCGAGAAUAUUGAUAAUAGUACUCAGUCGAACGCCAUCACAUAUACUGAUGACACGUACGUUGAAAUCACCCUCGAUGUCCGGGAGGACACCGUGGCAGUCCACAGUGUCAAAAAUGCCAGUGGGGCUAAUGUAGAGGAAGCAGAGCUACAGGUGCUGAGGCUGGCCAAAAAUCUACGGAAGAAACAAUCUUUUGGGACCUCAGUCGUUAGGAAUACUUCGAUAAGGAUGCGGCAGGUGGCUCAAGAGCUUAAGCGCUUGGCUACAUUGAAGAAACAACAGCCACAUCCUUCUCGGCGAUUUGAUCGGACCAAUUCAGUAGCAGCUCAUCAUGCUCUCAAAGGCCUCAAAUUUAUCAGCAAAACUGAUGGCGGCGCUGGAUGGGCCGCCGUUGAGAAGCGCUUCCACGAGCUCAGUGCCACCUCAGAUGGCUUGCUUCCUCGGGCAAAAUUUGGAGAAUGCAUAGGUAUGAAUAGGGAAUCAAAGGAAUUUGCAGUAGAGCUUUUUGAUGCGUUAGCUCGGAGGAGAAAUAUAACACGUAAUUGCAUCAGCAAAGUACAGCUCAAAGAGUUUUGGGACCAAAUUGCCAAUCAAUGUUUUGAUGCUCGGCUUCGAACCUUCUUUGACAUGGUUGAUAAAAAUGCAGAUGGUAGAAUCUCAGAAGAAGAAGUCAAAGAGAUUAUUAGUCUUAGUGCAUCUGCUAAUAAGCUGUCAAAUAUCCAGAAACAAGCUGAUGAAUACGCAGCAUUAAUAAUGGAAGAGUUAGACCCCGACAACUUGGGAUACAUUAUGAUUGAGAACUUGGAAAUGCUUUUAUUACAAACUCCAAAUCAAUCAGAAGGAGGAAAAGGCCUGAACAGGAACCUAAGUCAUAUGCUAAGUUUGAAGCUUAAGCCAACAGUGGAGCCUAAUCCCAUAAAAAGAUGGUAUAAGAAUUUGAACUACUUUUUGCUGGAUAAUUGGCAGAGAAUUUGGGUGGUUUUAUUGUGGAUUGGAGCAAUGGUUGGCUUAUUUGCUUAUAAGUAUGUACAGUACAGAAACAGAGCAGCAUUUUAUGUAAUGGGUCACUGUGUUUGUAUGGCAAAAGGGGCUGCUGAGAUACUUAAGCUCAAUAUGGCAUUGAUUUUACUACCAGUCUGCAGAAAUACUAUCACCUGGCUUCGAAACAAGACCAAAUUAGCUGCUGCUGUUCCCUUUGAUGAUAACCUUAACUUUCACAAAAUGAUGGCAGUGGCAAUUGCAAUUGGUGUUGGAAUACACAUACUUGCUCACAUGACUUGUGAUUUUCCAAGGCUACUAAAGGCUAGCCCAGAAAAGUAUAAACCAAUGGAGCCAUACUUUGGUUAUCAGCCAACAAGCUAUUGGCAUUUUGUGAAGGGAGUUGAAGGGUUGAGUGGGAUUCUAAUGGUGGUUUUGAUGGCAAUUGCUUUCACUCUAGCAACUCCAUGGUUUAGAAGGAAUAGAAUUAAAUUACCAAGACCCUUGAACAAACUCACUGGAUUCAAUGCUUUCUGGUACUCCCACCACCUCUUUGUCAUUGUCUACACUCUCCUUAUUGUCCAUGGUAUCAAGCUUUACUUGACCAAAGAAUGGUACAUGAAAACGACAUGGAUGUACUUGGCUAUACCAAUCAUAUUAUAUUCUGGUGAAAGAUUACUUAGGGCAUUCAGGUCAAGCAUCAAGGAUGUUAAAAUUUUGAAAGUGGCUGUGUAUCCUGGAAAUGUGUUGGCACUUCAUAUGUCAAAACCACAGGGCUUCAAAUAUAAAAGUGGGCAGUACAUGUUUGUCAACUGUGCUGCUGUUUCACCAUUUGAAUGGCACCCAUUUUCUAUUACUUCGGCGCCGGGGGAUAACUAUGUCAGUAUCCAUAUUCGAACUCUUGGUGAUUGGACCAGCAAGCUCAGAGCUGUUUUCUCAGAGGUGUGCCAACCAUUGCCAACUGGGAAAAGCGGACACCUAGUAGCUGAGUGCUUGCAAGGAGAGAACAAAAAUUUACCAAAAGUAUUAAUUGAUGGACCAUAUGGAGCACCAGCACAAGACUACAAGAAAUAUGAGGUGCUUCUGUUAGUAGGUCUAGGAAUUGGAGCUACCCCAAUGAUCAGUAUUGCUAAAGACAUUGUCAACAACAUGAAAGCCAUUGAGAAAGAAGAGAACAAUGACUUAGAGAAUAGACAUGAAUAUAUUCCUAGCGCCACAUCACAAAAGAAAAGAAACUUCAAGAGCAAGAGAGCAUACUUCUAUUGGGUUACUAGAGAACAAGGUUCAUUUGAUUGGUUCAAAGGUAUAAUGAAUGAAAUAGCUGAAAUGGAUCCUAAAGGAGUAAUAGAGAUGCACAAUUAUUGUACAAGUGUUUAUGAAGAAGGUGACGCUCGUUCUGCUCUUAUUGCUAUGAUUCAGUCUCUCCAACAUGCCAAGAAUGGUGUAGAUAUUGUCUCUGGAACAAGAGUUAAGAGUCACUUUGCUAAACCGAAUUGGCGAAAUGUCUACAAACGCAUUGCUCUUAAUCACAGUAAUGCAAGAGUUGGGGUUUUCUACUGUGGGGCACCAGCACUGACGAAAGAGCUAAGACAGCUAGCCUUGGAUUUUUCCCGCAAGACAUCUACAAAGUUUGAUUUCCAUAAAGAAAAUUUUUGAAACCAAACAGAUAAAGACGAUUUUUAAAGAAUCCAUAUCCACUAUGUCUUGUGUAUAGAAAAUCUUGCAGAUUUAGUUAAUAGUUCGGUUUUGUGUUGUUAUUCGUUUUCUUAUAACAAUACGACUAAUAAUUUUUUUAACGGAGGUCCACCCACCACUGAAUUGGAUUAUCAA